AUGAAGACUAGCCUCGGUGCCAAGGACGGCGAUACUACGAUGGACUAUCUAUCGGCAGCUGAAUUUCCCUCCUCCCCGGUCUCGUGCCAACCCCCGGCCCCUGCCGAGCGGCAACCAUCCCAGCCCGAGUCACUCAUCAGUGCCGUGCCGGAGACUCUAGUCGAGGAUUCUAUGCCAGGCGAGGACGGUCUACCGCCGGAUUCCCAAAAGUCCGAUAUCAUGAUGAUCGAUUUGACGCAGUCCAGUCCCCUCGUGUCACCGGGGGGCAGCGACGAGGACUUUGCUCGAUCUAAUCGACUGCCUCGAGGGCCAGGAUGGGUGCAAAAGAACAUACCGAAGACGAGGCGACAGACGCGACAGUCGUCGGCGGGGGCACGCAUGCACCGGUUGCAGGAUGCCAGUAUCAGUCCGCCAGCACCGAGGCGACGAUGGGGGAAUUCCAGGGGAUGA